AUGCCAGGCAAAACCAGAGUGAUAGAAAACACUAACUAUCCGCAAAACCAGAACAGGCCGGAUUCUACUUUCACCAAUAUGUCAUUGAAUAAUGGAAUGCCUUCACCGGACAUUUACGGCAAUCACAUAUUUACGGCUACCGGACCUACUACAGGACCUUCUGGAGGAAUUCCUACCGGGCCUCCUACCGGACCUCUCACCGGAAUUCCUACCGGAAUGGAAGCGUAUCCAGCCAAUCCGUCACCAGAUAUGUAUACGACAGGAAAUUCCUUUCCAAGUGUUCCAUCCCAGACCUAUUGGCCACAAGGCAACUUCUCUUCUCAGUCAAACUCCUUCCUGUCAUCCCAGACCUAUUGGCCACAAGACAACUUCCCUUCUCAGUCAAACUCCUUCCUGUCAUCCCAGCCACCAGAUGGCCUUGCAAAUCCCGAAAUGCUUCACCGACUCCAGUUGCUGGAACGUCGGGUUGCUGAUUCAGAAAUGAACAAUACUUAUCUUAGCAAGCAGUUGAGCGAAAUGGCGGAAGAAAUGCGCGAACUACGCCAAGCCUUUAACACUUCGCAGAAUACCAUGAAAAAACUGGUAGAAAAACUGCAUAAGAAUGACGCAGGAGAAGGCAAGGAAGCUGGGACUGAGCAUGAUGAGAAAGCUGACGACUAUGUGUCCAGCUUUGCACUAUCAGCUGGCGUUUCGCAAAGUUAUCCAAACUCUGGCGAUCAGCAAAAAUCGGAAUUAAUGAUAAACCUGGACGAAGUGGAAAGUCCGCAGACAACUGUAAGCAACGCCUACGACCAGCCUACGCCAGCUAAUCCGGACAGCUGUUCUCCAGGUAAAGUCCAAGAUGUACCAACUGUGCAUGGAAACAUUUUAGGGCCACAGUAUCCGGGACCGGAUAAUUCCUAUUACCCGGGACCGGAUAAUUCCUAUUACCCGGGACCGGAUAAUUCCUAUUACCCGAGAUCGGAUAAUUCCUAUUCCCCGAGAUCGGAUAAUUCCCGUUACCCAGGACCUAACAGUUUUCGACACGUAGAGCCUACCAAAGAAAGCGCUCAAGCCCAGGAUACCACACCCUCUGUAACUUGGCCAGGCUUGCCAACAUUGCAGGAGGACAACAGGGCCGCAAUGCCCUUGCCCAACGCUCGCAACUUGCAUCCUCCCCAGUCAUCCUAUAAUGCAUCUGGAAGUUAUGGACACCAGACCGAAGUGGAAAGUCCGCAGACAACUGUAAGCAACGCCUACGACCAGCCUACGCCAGCUAAUCCGGGCAACUGUUCUCCAGGUAAAGUCCAAGAUGUACCAACUGUGCAUGGAAACAUUUUAGGGCCACAGUAUCCGGGACCGGAUAAUUCCUAUUACCCGGGACCGGAUAAUUCCUAUUCCCCGAGACCGGAUAAUUCCUAUUCCCCGAGAUGGGAUAAUUCCCGUUACCCAGGACCUAACACAUUUCGACACGUAGAGCCUACCAAAGAAAGCGCUCAAGCCCAGGAUACCACACCCUCUGUAACUUGGCCAGGCUUGCCAACAUUGCAGCCGGACAACAGGGCCGCAAUGCCCUUGCCCAACGCUCGCAACUUGCAUCCUCCCCAGUCAUCCUAUAAUGCAUCUGGAAGUUAUGGACACCAGACCAGCCCCAAUCAUGUUGUGACCAGGCCAUGA